CUUCCUCACCCACAACAUACAUACACCCUUACACAUCGAAACGAACUCACAUAUGUACAAUGCCCCUGUACGAGAUUGAGCACAGCAUUCCCCUCGACAAGCCCCAGCGCGAUGCCCUCGCUCAGGCCAUUACCCACAUCCACACCCGCCAGUUCACCACCCCGACCCUGUUCGUGAACAUCAAGUUCGUGGACGCCCGAACCCAGCACAACUAUGUCGCGGGGAGGGAGAGAAGCAUCAACCGCAUCAUCGCCUACGUCCGCACCGGCGGUUCCCGCACCCACGCCGACUUCGAAGAGACCUCGCUGCGCAUUGCCCAAGCAUGGGAUCAGAUUGUGAAUGCAGGCGGAAAAUUCGGGAAGGAGCGGGAGUUGAGCCGGGUGUUUGUGAUGGGGGCGAUUGUUGCGGGGCUGGAGCAUGGGGUGUUGUUGCCUAGGGCGGGUGAAGAUGGGAAAUGGCUGGCACAAAACACGGAGAGGUUUCAAGAGCUGGCGGAGCAAGGGGAUGAGGAUUUUCGGGAGUUGGUGGAGGAGAUCAAGGGGCGGGAGGAUUUGAGGAGGUAGACUUUAAGUUACAGUGCAUGAUUCGGUGCCUUUGGGAGGGGUCCCGCCUGGCCGUGCCCUAAGACGGGGCUGCGAUCGCAGCGGCUCG